AUGGAAUUGGAUUUGGAAGCCCUGCACACGCCGAAAGAACCCGACGAGCCGUAUGAAAAUGCGCGAAAAGCCAAAUUCUGUGAGUUUUUUUCUCCGAUACGUUUCUCUUUUAAACGUCUCCGCCCUUUCAGCCCGUUGCUCGAUCUUCCUCACCGUUCUCGUCUCCUCCAUCGCCACGUCAUUCAUCUGUUUCGGCUCGUGGCACAUAAACGGAUGUUCCGCCGAAACACGCCUCCCGAUCUGGAUGAUUUGUGUCGGAGCGUUCCUUUUUUUGGAAAGAGCCGUCGCGCUCAAGUUUCAGCUGGCCAAAUUUCAGCUGAAAAAAGAGCGGCCGCGACAGGAGGAGGUCGACAAAAUGAGCGAGUGGACGGAGGAGCGGAAAAAGUACAAAGUGAGACCGCUGGCGUUGGAUCUCAUUUGGAUCGUCAUGCUCAUCUAGUACGUUCACGAACAUGUCGAAUACAAAUUAGCGAGCGCCCAUGUUUUUCUGUUUCAACUGGCCAUAAAAUGCAUGCAUUUUCCGAGCGCCAAAAAACGCAUAAAUCCGUACUUUCAGUGCAAUCUUCGGUGCAUUCUGGCUGCGAUCGACCGAUGCGGACGAGUGCUCGCCGCUCGUUUUCUAUCCAUCCUCGCUUUUUUGUGGUCUCGUUCUCAUUCCCUACUCUAUGGGUAUCGUGUGUGUUUGUGCGUGUUGUCUCUUCAAGAAAUGCUCGUUUUGUAAAGCGAAUGCGAUUGAUGAAUAAAGUCGGAGAUCCUCGUUGUCGAGCAGAAUGUGAACGAAGCCCGUCUGGAAAAGAUAAUAGUUGAACAAGUUUUGUGACAGAAUAAAAGUUCUCAUCCGCCUCUUUUUCCAUUUUCCCCACGCACCUAUAUGCGCUCGGCACCUCAACCCGCCGGCGAUCUCGUGGUGUAGUGGUUAUCACAUCUGUCUAACACACAGAAGGCCGGCGGUUCGAGCCCGCCCGAGAUCAAACCCUUUUUGCAAACUUUUGUCAAAGACACCGGAACUUCCUGUCAAACAGUACAACAGCAGUAAAGUCACUCAAAAUUUGUUGUUGGAAUGGAAUGCAAUGCACUACAAACCCUAUAAAAGGUUGAUGUGAAAGCGAAAAAGAGAAAAAAAGAGUCAAUUUCCUGCCCUCUUAUCAGUCCGGCGGCUUGGUCAAUAUUGUUAUUAUUAUCGCACCUCUCGCAGUCAACCGCUCAAUUUGUGUGUGUGUGUGUUUGCCUGCGUUAUACUAGUUUUUUUUCAGAGAAAAAAUGUCUGGAAAAGCCGAAGAAGCGAUGGGAAGCCGUCAGACCUCAAAAGAAGAGAAUGUGUGCGGCAUUUCCGAUGUGACCAUGGAUUUUUGUGAGUUCACGUUUUUGAUAGGCUAAAAAGAAAUUGGAUUGCAAGGACUUAUCACUUUUUAUUAUUAUUUGGUGCUGAAACGUUGAACUGUACCGUUUAAAUGAGUCUGAAUGUCUCGAUGCUUUUGACACGAAUUUAGAAACUUCCAGUUUCACCCUCCUCACUUGUUUUCGCCAGCAAACUGACGGUUUGAUUGGAAACAAUUUCAUAAGAUUACGUUUGAAUCAGUUGGUCUCUGCCCCGUUUCCCUAUCACUUCGCUAGAAAUUGUUCGAGUUCAUCAUAGUACGCACAGUGCAGUCUGACAAGAAAUUAACUGAAAAUUGAUCAAUUUAAGACCUGCGAACCCUACUGAUCCUGCUUCUAACACCCGUUCCCGUCUACUUCUUCGUCACGGGACUCUCGAAAAGCGACGAGUGUCCGAUGGAAGCGAAGCUCCCGUUCUGGAUGAUGAUCGUCGGAGUGGUCGUGCUGUUCGAGCUCUGCCUGACUGCGUACCUCAACAUCAAAAAGUUGAUGUUCCAGAAGAGUUAUCCGAAGCCAUUGGGUCCGGAGGGACUCAACGAAUGGGAAGCCCAGAAGACACUCAACCGGCCCGCUUUUCUGAUGAUUUUGAGGACUUCCGCUCGACUUUCCAUUUUCGGAUUGUGAGUUUUCAACCUUUUUUGCUUAACAAACCAAAACCUUAACAUUUCUGAGUUCCAGAUCGCUCGUCGGCUUCAUCUGGAGCUCCUACGCUCUGUCCGGAGAGCAGAAAUGCGACAUUCUCGUGCUGUGGCCCAGUUUUAUGCUCACAAUGAUCAUUCUCCUUUCCGCACUCUUCUUCUCUUUCAACUUUGCUUGUGCACUCUUCUGCUCGCUCGUCGAUGCGGUGGAACAACGGAAUUCGUCUAAAAUUAGUGCAUAA